AUGGCGGACGAUGGCAUGCUCAUGAACUUCGCCAUCCCGAGCGAAGUCAGCAUAAAACCACAGACGAAAAUCAAAGGCGGAUCAUGGCGCGACCGGCUGAGCGUGAAGAAAAUCGCCGAGAGUCGGGCAGCAAAUCCAAAGAGGGCCGGGGGUGAAGGAGGAGAGGGCGGCGAUAGGGAAGGGUCGGGCCCACGAAACCCCAACCGCAUUCAGGUUUCCGGCACUCGGCCUGCGAAGAGACAGCGGACGGACGGGGGAUUCCAGGAGCGGGAUGGACAAGGGCAGGGGCACUCGAAGGGUCCGAAGAAGGGACAGGGAGGAUCGAUUGUGUCGUCGCUUUUCUCGAAGAACCCGCGCCCCCGGAAUGCCGUUGAACAGAAUGACGAGCCGAUGGAGGAUGCGAAGCCCACGAACGCCCCGCUCAUCGACGGAUUAGAUACGUUUACGAACCUCGGAUUAUCGCCUACGCUUGCGGCGCAUUUGCUUACGAAACUCGAACUCAAGGUCCCCACUGCCAUCCAGAAGGCGUCGAUAUCGCAGCUGCUGAAGGAGGAGGCGGACGCGUUCAUCCAGGCGGAGACGGGUUCGGGUAAAACACUCGCUUAUCUACUCCCGCUCGUGCAGCGAAUUAUGGCGCUCUCGCGCGCGAAAAACGAGGGCGAUGCGAAGGGCGACACGAAUGUCCACCGGGACAGCGGAUUAUUUGCCAUUAUCCUCGCGCCGACUCGAGAAUUAUGCAAGCAGAUUUCGAUUGUGCUGGAAGGGCUGCUGCGCUGUGCGCACUGGAUUGUGGCGGGAACAGUCAUUGGUGGUGAGAAGAAGAAAUCUGAGAAGGCGCGGUUACGGAAGGGUUUGAAUAUCCUUGUUGCCACGCCUGGUCGGUUAGCGGAUCACCUGGAGAACACGCAGGCAUUGGACGUGAGCAAUGUGCGGUGGCUGGUACUGGACGAGGGAGAUCGGUUGAUGGAGCUUGGAUUCGAGAAGGAAUUACAGGGGAUCAUCAGCAAGCUUGAUGCGCGGCAGCGGCCGAGUCGCAUCCCUGGUGUUCCGGCGAAGAGGGCGACGAUUCUCUGUUCCGCGACGCUGAAGAUGAAUGUGCAGAAGCUGGGAGAGAUCAGUUUGAAAGAUGCUGUGCAUAUCAAGGCGGAUCCGGAUGAUGAGGAUGGGGAAACGAACGAGGACAAGGAUGAGGAUGCGGCGUUCAGAGUACCGGCGCAGCUUAAGCAGUCAUACGCUAUUGUUGCGGCGAAGCUACGACUUGUUACACUCACGGCGUUCAUGAAGCGAACCUUUAUGCGCAAGGGCUCUGUCAUGAAGGCGAUCGUCUUCGUAUCAUGCGCCGAUUCAGUCAAUUUCCAUUUCGAGGUAUUUACACGCAAACUAGCCGAACAGCUGGAGGGCGAAAAGCAAGACAACGCCAGCGAUAGUGGCAGCGACAGCGAAGAUGAGAAGGAAAAUAAGAAGGAAGAGAAGCCUACACCAGCUACAACCCACGGCACAGUCGCGCCCGCAACCGCAUUCUCGAACCCCUCCAACGCCGUAACGAUAUACAAGCUCCACGGUUCCCUGCCCCAGCACGUCCGAACAUCCACCCUCACCUCCUUCGCCAAAAACCGUGACCCCUCCGUCCUAAUCUGCACGGACGUCGCAUCGCGAGGUCUCGAUCUUCCCAACGUCGACCUAGUCGUCGAAUACGACCCCGCCUUCAGCGCCGACGAACAUCUCCACCGAAUCGGACGUACCGCGCGUCUAGGCCGUGACGGCCGCGCACACAUCUUCCUCCUCCCCGGCUGCGAAGAAAACUACGUCGACAUCCUGAAGCGCGGAUACCGCGACGGCGGAAAGGCACUGUCCCGCUCAACAACAGACGACAUCCUCAAGCGCGGCUUCGGCGGCAACGUCGAGUCCCAGACUGGAGCUGGAGCGCUGGGCGCUCGAGAACCCGGAGUACCUUGA